UUUUUAUUAUUUUUUCAUAAAUUUUACUAUAAAUUUUAUAAUAAUAACAAUUAAAUAAUUUACCGUUUACACAUUUGUUAUAGUUAUAUUCUUAAGGUCUAACUACAUAAUUGAAGUAUACUAUGAUAUAUUAGGCAUGGGAAAGAGUAUUAGUGAGGAGUUAUUUUUACGUAUUUCACAUCUUUUUAACACCUUGAAGCUUGAAACUAUUAAUUUCGUUAACACCGUGAGCUCUGAUGAUAAAGAUGAAAGUGACUCCGAAUCAGAUUCCGUGAUAUUGAUAGAGACACCGGAAGUUGAGAAUCAAUUCAUAGAGUUGUUACGUGGUAAUAUUUCUGAGUUAAAUUCACUACGUGAUGAAAUUAAUGAAACUUGUCAAAAAAAGUGUGUAAACAUCACAUUAGAACACUUGGUUAACAUUUCAGUAUUAUUACACAUUAGUAUAGAAAAUUUGAUUGAAGAACUUUGUACCAAGUUCAGUAUUGAAAAGGAUCAAGUUAACUCGUUAAAAGCUCCAUUGGAUGAUUCUAUUCCCGUUUCACUAUUUCAAUCAAAUCUACAUCAAAUUACUCUAAAUCAACCAUAUACCAAUGUGAGUAACCUUGAUAACCCCGUAAACUUGGAUAAUACUCUUAACUCAGUCAACAACACUAAUACCAUAAACUUGAAUAAUAAUGUCAAUGUGAGUGAGAAGAAGAUAUUUAUGGUGAAUAAAACAAGGGGUGAAAUUGAUAAGGACAUAAAUAUGUUAGAUUUGGAAGAUUUAGGACUCUCUGAAGAAACUAAAAAACUACUAGGCAUUAACUAAUUUUUAACACAUUAUUAACCGAUUAAUUUAUAGUAAAUUU